AUGGGAAUUUGUCACUGUAUGUGGGAAUUUGUCACUGAUAAAUUCAUUAUCCCUGAUAAUGGAAGUAGAGUGGUUUUCUCUCGCAUAAAUGAUGCUUGGAGGCGUUACAAGAAAGAUCUCAAAAAGAGUUGUUUUUUAAAGUACACUACUAUGAGUGAAAGAUUGAAGCAUCGUCCCCAAACCGUACCUGAAUUUCAUUUCAAGCAAUUGAUAUCCUAUUGGAAGAACAAUAACAUCCAAAAAAUUAGCAAAAUCAAUGUUGUGAACAGAGCUAAGCAAAAGUAUAUGCAUCGGAUGGGCCCAAUAAACUUUGCGAGGAUUCGUGAAAAACUGUGUGCUAAGAAAGAGAACGGAAAGGAAGUUAGCCAGGAAGAGAUGUUCAUUGAGACUAGACAAAGUCGAAAAGGAAAACAGCCGGUUGAGGAAACUUCAAGUGUAAUUUCUAAGCUUCAAGAAUCAGUUCAGAAUUCAACUGAAUCUGAGACAUUUAACUCCUUAUUUGGGAAAGAAAUAUCUGGACGAGUUUGUUGCUAUGGAAGAACAAUAACACCUACCAUGCUUAAAAGAAAAGAAGAAAUUCUGGUUAUUAAAAAGCAGCAUAAUGAUGAAGUGGCUAGCAUGAAGAGGGAGAUGGAUGGUAUGAAGGCACUAUUUAAGACAAUGAUAAAGCAACAAAACCCACAUAUGAGGGACGAGGAGAUCUCUAAUUUGAUGGCAACUGCUAUGGACUGUUCCAUUAGUACUACUGCUGCUCCUGCUGAUCCACAUUCGUCUGCAUCAACUCAUAUUCCGCAUUGCGAACAGGGUGGAGACGAAGAAGAUUGUGAUGAAGAUAUGGAAGAAGCUUGUGAUGAUCAUGAAGAUGUCGAAGAAGGUUGUGCUGAAGAUGUGGAAGAAGGUUGUCCUGAAGAUGUGGAAGAAGAACAAGGAGAAGAUCAAGAAGAAUAGUUGUGUUUUAUAUUAUCUAGCUAGCUAGUUCUUAGAACUUUUUUUUGUUAUUUUGGAAUGACUCUUUGAGAGAAACUUGUGUUUAAUUUAGCUCUUGUUUUGAAUCCCAUGGUUGUUUUGAAUUUUGAAUUUGGGAUGACAUCAAAACUUAGUAUCCAACUUAUUAGUGGCACUACAAAAAAAACUUACU